AUGGCGCCUUCGACAGCGGACUGGACGAACAUCAGAGACAUGAGUGAACGCAGGAAAGCACAAAACAGAGUGGCUCAGAAAAACUACCGGACGCGGCAGAAACAGCGAAUGGAGCUCGCAGAGGCAAUCUUGAUGGAGAUGCCACAUCUGCGUCCAGCCGCAACGAUCAUAGCUCAGAAGAAAGGGCGACGCCCAAUUGCACACAGUCUAGAUGACAGGCGCGAGAUCUCUCCCGUGGAGUCAGAUGGGGGUGCGGAGACUCUGCACUCUGGUAACAGCUGCGCAGGCAGCGGACAGAGUUCCUCUCCGGAUGCCUCGCAGACAACGACAGCAACCCUAUGUCAAGUCGAGCAGAACACCAACAUUGGCCAUAGCUACAAUCUUCAGCUUUGGCAUGGCCAUCCAAAAUCAAAUCACGAAUGUAUUGAUCCUACCCUGGAUAGAACCGAUUGGAUACAUCUCCAGGUGGCUCAGUCGCCGCCUAGCCGCUUGGGACCCAAACUUGAUGACCAGUUCAUGGGAGUGGGCUCGCCAUCUAGGCAUGAAGAGCUAGGUCGGGAUGCUGAUUCGACCAUAAUCGAGCCCAAUUCUACGCAAAUCUUAGGAAGUUGGUCACCUCCGUACUGCUUGACGCCUUGCUCAGUCGGGCAUCCAGCAUCUGCGGCAUUUCAUGCUGCAACGCCGUUGCCACACGGCGAUCCGGGGAACUUCACGGUCAACCACGUUUUUGAUGGAAGUGGUACUGCAAUUGGAAGUUUAAAGAGUCCUGUUCUUACUGCUAUUUCUCGGGGAAAUUUGCAAAUCGCUCGCUUGCUUGUACAUUCUGGAGCGCAGCUGGAUGUACCAGACCAUAGCGGAUACACACCGCUCCAGCUAGCGGUCCAGGAGGGCGACUUGAGCGCGGCCCGGGUUCUGCUUGACUUGGGGGCGGAUGUUUCAGUAACUGAUGCCCGCGGCCGAGGCCUGUUGCACCUAGCAGUGGAAGGCGACAAGCGAGAGAUGGCCAAGAUGCUGCUGGCGUGGUGCGAGCGGCAAAAUACCCACCCCAUGUCACCGUCUCACAGUUGCAGGGGGGACGGUGAGGAGCCCCGGGAAGUGAGGAGCCUGGUGCAGUGGUGUCUCAACAUCCAGGACCAGCAGAAGCUGACGGCAGUGCAUCUGUGCGUGCUGCUUGAACGCGUGGAAAUGCUGAAGACCCUGCUAGAGUACGGCGCUGACGUCAACAUCGGAUGCGGCUAG